AAGUGUUUUGAUUGAAAAUGUGUUUGUUGUGUUCUCAUCCCAACAUUUAAUCUAACUCCAAGAAAUUGGAAUACUUACUAUUUGAUGUAUUUAACCAAAAAGGAGUGAAUAGUUGUAGGCUACAAUAAGCAAAGCUUUUAUGUAAGAGGUUUAUAAUUUGUACAUUUGUAAUAUUAUCUGUUUCGAAGUUAAAUUGUGUCUAGAUAAAUCUAGGCUACACUUAGAUCUUAGUGUAUGGACUAUAGACAAGAUCUAGAUCUAGAUCUACUAAUAUCUGGUACCGUCUACGGAUCUGUGUAUAACAAAAAGUGUAUUUAUCAAAAUUUAGCACAGAUCUUUAGUUAUUUAAAUUACUCUUACCUUUAGUAAUUACUUUCACAUAUUAGUUUAAGAUGGUGAGGGCGUAAAGCAUGAUUAGGGCCCAAUAUAGGGCCCAAACAUAUCAACAUACGAUUUCAAGACCUUCGUAAGAAAGAACAUUUCUAGAAGUUAAUCGCUUAAAGUUGUAUCCCUUUAAAAACAAGAUCUUGAUCGCAUGUCAUGUUAACCAGACAGGUAGGCAGCAGAAUCAUUAGCCCGCAACGACAAGUGACCGAUACAGAUGGCAAACCUAAAGAGCAGAUUCAGAAUCUGCGGUUGUCUGUGGGAGCUCAGAGGCGGAUGUCCUUGUCCUCUCAGACGCUUGUGGCAGUGCAGCAAGAUGACUUGAAAUCCAGUAGGUCCCCCAAGUCGGCGCAGGCCGUGCAAGACGAAAAGAAGUCGGUGAAGCAAGAGAGUAAGAAGACGCAUGCUUGCACAAAGUGUAAGAAUAAAUGCAUAGCGUUCUGGCUGGCGCUCAUCUCCAACUUCCUGCUUCUGUUCCUGGUGGCAGCCUAUUCAGUUAUGGGAGGAUUCCUUUUUCAGUUCCUGGAAUUGAAGAAACAUGCUCUUCCCAAAGAUCAAUUUCAAUUUAUGGAGUACAGGCGAAUGACUACAGUCUAUAAACUUCUGGGCAUCUCAAGAAUCAAUACGAAUCUGACAAUGGACAUUGGCUAUCAGUGGGCCGAGUCUUUGGACAAGGUGCUGGAGGAGUACCAACUAAUGGUCAUGGAGGAGACAGGCCGUCAAAUCAAGGCGGAGAAAAUAGAAUGGACCUUCAUGUCUUCCAUAAUGUACAGCGUGACGCUGAUCACGUCCAUAGGUGAUAACAGUUCCGCCAGAGCCAGUCUCCGAGUCCAACGUGAAGGCCAGUUUGUCAAAGUCUAAUUGAGACGCAGAUAAUUGGAAGCAUAUUGCAUUUAAUGGAUUGCUUUUAACCACUACAACUUUCGGCAAUGACAAUCCUGCAAAAGCUCUGUUAGCAAACAUCCAUCCAUUUCAAUAAGACAAGAAUGUCACUCAAUUCCUAGUGAACACCCGUCACUGCCAUAACUGCUUUGAGCUUACCUAAAAACCUUAGAUGGAAGGAUAAAGAAAGGGGGGGGGGAGUAAGACCGAGGUUAUACUGAUGAUGAAUUUUAAAUGCAGGUUGAAGAAUAUUGGGCAUUUCAACAAACAAUGUUCGUAAGCACACACAUUUAGCCUAAACAAAUCCAUAUAAUAAGCCAGUUGUAAACAGACACUACUUCCUCUAUAGAACCUAUACUGCGUCUGUUACAAAAACAAUGGAACAUUUUGUACCUCUACCCACCCCGUCCUACCACUAGAAAGAAUCCUGUUUCAGCGACUGUAUACAUCUGAAACAUUUCCUACAAUGAACACUCUUCCAGUGGCCGGCAUUUAGAUUGAGACUUAGAAGACGAUGCACACCAUUUCCCUGAACCUUCAUUGAGUCAACUCUUCAAAGAAUGCGGAAAUACCUCAAGACGCCUAAUAUAUAAGAUUAAUAUUUUCUCGUUCUCUAGCGAAAUUAUUUUUUUUGUUUGAUUUUAUUUUGAAAAAUUAUAAUGGCCAGGGCGCACAACGAGCUAGUAAUUGUUUUCGGAGCGUUAUACACCAACUGUUAAAUUUCUGGGAAAAUCGUUAGAGCCGUUUUCGACAUUUGCGUCCAUCCACCCAGAAGUUUCCAGAUUUUUGUUUCCACGAACUACGAAUUGAAUUGAAUUGACUGUAGUAUAAAAUUAGAAACCUUGUGCAGCUAGAAAAGAAUAAGAAGCAAGUGAAAUCAUUUCAAGUACUACUUCUUGUACAGAGACUUUGCCAUUAAUAGAGUCCAAUAGAAACAAAUACGAAUCUUUCUUAAUACCUCCCCGUCCGAGUCUUGCUUUGAAUGUAGGUUGUGUAAUACAAAUCUUUCUUAAUACCUCCCCGUCCGAGCCUUGCUUUGAAUGAAGGUUGUGUAAUACGAAUCUUUCUUAAUACCUCCCCGUCCGAGCCUUGCUUUGAAUGAAGGUUGUGUAAUACGAAUCUUUCUUAAUACCUCCCCGUCCGAGCCUUGCUUUGAAUGAAGGUUGUGUAAUACGAAUCUUUCUUAAUACCUCCCCGUCCUAGCCUUGCUUUGAAUGUAGGUUGUGUAAUACAAAUCUUUCUUAAUACCUCCCCGUCCGAGCCUUGCUUUGAAUGAAGGUUGUGUAAUACGAAUCUUUCUUAAUACC